AUGGCCGCGGCGGCGGCGGCGGAGGCGGCUGCGCUAGAACCCUGGCGGGCGGCAUCUCGGCGGAAAAGGCGCUCGGCUGCGCGGCGACCAGGGCAGAGAGAGGCGGCAGCCCGGGGCGCCGAGGGGGACCCCGAGGCGGACAGUGCAGCCGUACUUCGUCGUAUCCGGGAGGCCGGGGAGGACCUGCUUCUCUCUGAUUUCUGGAGUUCAGCACUAGAAACCAUCAACAGGUGCCUUAGGAAACAUCAGGAACAACUGAAGGCCCUUGUAGGGACUCUUUCAGAAGCCCUCGGAAACCUGCAUCUUGACUCAUUGCCACACGAGCCAGACGUGGCCUGUGACUACAUCCCGGGGGAGACUGGGGAGACCCUGGUCACAGGAGCCUGCCCCUUGAAGUGCGUGUGUUACGGCAUUGGGAACUUUGCCACCUGCGUCAUAGCUAGAAACCAGCUAACGUUUUUGCUGCUUUUCCUGGAAGAGUGCCAGGUUCCCAGAAGUCACUGCUGCGUGUAUGACCCUCUGUUCAGCCAAGUGGAGAUUGCAGUUCUGAACGCCCUGGGUGUGACUGUGCUCAGUGAGAACGAGGAAGGAAAGCGGAGCAUUUGUGAUGAGCCCACCAUCUUUUAUAUGCUCCAUUGUGGGACAGCUUUGUACAACAAUCUUUUAUGGAGUAACUGGUCAGUAGAUGCCCUUUCCAAAAUGGUCAUCAUUGGAAACAGCUUCAGAGGACUUGAGGAAAGGUUGUUGACAAGGAUUCUGCAGAAAAAUUAUUCCUACAUUGCAAAGAUUUCCCAAGGCCUGGAGGAGCUUGAGUUUCCUCAGACUUCACAGUACGUGGACAUAUUCAAUGACAUCUCCGUCCACUGGUUCCCUGUACAAAAGCUAAAACAACUCCCUGUGGAUACGUGGGCGUUCCAGGAAGAACCGGAUUAUCAAGACUGCGAGGACCUUGAAAUCAUCAGGAACAAGACAGAAGACCCUUCAGCUACUGACUGAAACUCAUUAUAACGUAUCCAGUGUUGGCUGAGGUAGGAGAGUCUGCCACCAGAGAGGAAAGGGAAGGCUGUGGGGCAGGAAUGCAGAGAGCUCCAGUGGGCCAAAUUUGAGAGACAGAAACAGGAAAUACAUCAACUUGGCUAUCCUGCUUGGAGGAUGAUAAGCGUUAAGGACUUGGUGUAAAGAUUUACGCACAUCGGUAAAUAAAGUAGCAUGAUCAUGUUCUCCAUCCCUUCUGGGUGACCCUGCCUGACAGGGGGUAUCUCCUGAACAGAUAGAAGUGCCCUUUGGAAGUUCAUUUAAAAUACUUUUAUUCACAGGAAACAUUUUGAAUGCCCUCUGAGGUCCAAGUCUUGGGCCUGCUCCGGCCCUGCGGCCAUCUACUUGGCCAUGUCGAUCAGGCUCUGCAGGGAGGUGGGCACCCAGGUCUUUUCCCCCUGGACAAACACCACUCCCCGGUCAAUGUAGAUCACAAUGCGGCCGAAGGUGUAGAGCUGCUUCCCCUCAUGCCGCUUCCCGAUGACGGGCAUGAAGACGAUGUUGUGCUCCUCAGCCUUGGUCUGGAUCAGGUCCUUGAAGUUCAUGGGCACCGAGCUGGCAGCCACACCAAUGCCCCUCUGGGCCAUGUUUUCAGCUUCCCGCCGCUCCUGCAUGGCCUCAUACUGGAAGUCCUUCCUCCGCUCUGUGUGGGUGAGGUAGGCGAUGUUCUCCCGUGCUCCGGGCUGCAUGUAGGCACCUGAGAUACACAAGGGCAGGGGGUGAAGUGUUUCUAAGAUGUAUGUAAAUGGAGACAUGAUGUGGCCCGAGUCUGGGUGUGCCAGAGGUGCAGUCUCUAUAAAACCUACUAGUGACUCACUGAAGGGUGGGCAGCUCUGCCUCAAAGGCACGAAGCACCAAAACAAGAUGACCUAGUACCUUUGGGGAAAGUUUAGACAACUGUGGUUGACAGCACAUUAAAAUCACCCUGAGAAUAUUUUAAUAUGUAGCAAACAGGAUUAAAUAGUCAUCAUAAAAUAUCUGAAAAGAAUUUACCAUUUCAGAGCUGGAAGCUUGACAGACAAUUGCUGGUCACUGUGCCAUUCCUACCUUGCUUGGUAGAGUUUGCACUCCACCCUGCUAAAGCUUUGAGAACCUUGAAAAACACUGGCCUACACUAGUUACACUGAGCUUUUUACACCCCCUCUCCCUGGGAGGAAUUUAAGUGUACUUGGGGAACCAAAACAUGUAUAUGCAAAGGUUAACACAGGACCACAAACGUCAAGUGCUAACUGAGGGGCAGGGUACAGUUCUGGAAGCAUGAGGCCUGGGUGGCUAAGGAAGUUUCUAGAGACUGUGAAAUGGAGGUAGGACUUAAGUAGAGAGAAGCAUGUAAAUACGCCUGUCUCAUUAAAUAUAGUAUAUAGAUAUAUAACCAGGACUUAAAAUUGCUUCCAUGUAAUAGGCUAAAUAGAAAAGCCAACUCAGAAAAUAAUGGAUUCGACGGCACUGGAUUUUGUUGGAGUCCCAGCUGCCACCGGAGCUGUGUGACCUUGAACAAGCUCUUGGCCUCACUGAGCUUCUCUGUGAAAUGGAGUUGGACCAUGUGAUUGAAUUGCAAACGCUAUGAAUCACCUACUUAGCCUCAGAUGUCAGCACACUGUAAAACGGUGUGCUGAAACAGGCUCCCCAGUGGAAAAACACAAGCGUACGUUCAUUUACUUAUGAUCCACGCAGAACGGCUGACCUGAACUACAAAGCUGUGGGAAGAGACCCACACAGGAUCAGUGGACUGCCGACUUCGGACACUUAAUACAAAAGACACCAGCUUUUAAGUGCUAUGUGCAGAGUGUCUUAUUAACUCACUUCAUCCCCCUUGUAAACUAUGAAGUAGGUAUCGUUGCUGUUUUACAGGGAGAGAAAUGGGGCUAAAGGUUAAAGUCUGGACUGCAACUCAACACUGUUGGCUGCAACCCCAAGCUGCCGUGCUUAAGCAGCACACAGGACGCCGGCUGAGCAGAUGCACGCGUGGCCCUACAAGGCCAAACGGUGCAGUGGGACAAAGGUGGGCAUGGAGCUGGGCUGCCGGUUAAAUCCAGGUAUGAGUCAGCUACAUUCAGGGAAAAACGUCCCCCCGGCAUCAGGAGGUCUCGACAGUGGGUGCUAGCUAACCGUGAAACUGAAUAUGGUGGAGAAGAGUCAGCAGUGUCUGGGGGGCUUCACUGUAUCUUAAAACCCCACUGCCAUCUAGUCGAUUCCGACUCAUAGCGAUCCCUGGUGGCGUAGUGGUUAGGAGCUAACACUGCUAACCAAAAGGUUGGCAGUUCAAAUCCACCAGGUGCUCCUUGGAGACUCUAUGGGGCAGUUCUACUCUGUCCUAUAGGAUCGCUAUGAGUCACUUAAGCUUUGGUUUAAGCAGCCUACAGGUGUCUGGAAACUCUCAUUGUGUGUCAUUUACAUAUUCAGAAACACGGAGCCCAGUGCCAACCAAAAAAAUAAAAUAAAAAAAAAACCAAGCCCAUUGCCAAUGAGUCAAUUCUGACUCACAGCAACCCUACAGGACAGGGUAGAAUGGCACCAAAGGGUUUCCAAGGCUGAAAUCUUUACGGAAGGAGACUGCCAUAUCUUUCUCCUGUGGGGCAGCUGGAGGGGUUGGAACCUCUAAACUUUUCAGUCAGCAGCCGAGAGCUUCACCACAGUGCCACCAGGGCUCCUCAACCCAGUGCCAGGACAUACACAAAUGGGAACCCCCACUCACCAACAUUGGAGGACACAGCCCUGUUCAUGAUAUCAAGUGCUUCGUUAAAUUUGUCCUUGACAGAUGGGUGGGCCAGCACUUGGUCUGAGAACAUGGAUUUCCAGCCCAGGUACCACUUAGUGAUCUCCUCGUAAUUGGGGCUGUUACUGAGCCAGGAGCACAGCACCUGCCCCCAAAGACACAAACAAGAAACACUCGCACCCACAGCAACAACAACUGGGAGCAAAAUUCCAAAGGGAUUGUUUGUUUUCCAUCCUGGUCCUACAAGCUGCUGACAUUACUUACAGGGACUUACAAUUCCCUAAGUCUGGCACUUAAAAGUAUGGAUUCUGGAGUCAGUUUGGUAGCUCCGUGACCUUGCACAUAAACUCUGAGCCUCAGUCUUCAUAUGUGUACAAUGGGAAUACUACAGCCCAGAACCCAGAGGACCAUGGUAAGGAGUCAACAAGAUAAUGCAACUAAAUCUUACAACAGCACCUGGCACAUGGCAACUGUUCCAUCAACGGUGGCCACUUGUUAUUAACUCAGCCCUACUCUGAAGCGUAUAAUUUAUUCUCGUUCUGUACUUAACGGUGCUGUCAUCUGACGGCUAUCCAAGGCCUGAACACCUGCAGUCAGGCCUGGGCAGAUAAUUCCAUGACUCCCCUCCCCCAGGCCCCAGCGCACCUGAAGCCACUUGGGGAAGAAGUGCUUUUCGAGAAGCCCCACGAGGCUGGAGACGGAGAUCAUCCCCUCCCAGUCGAUCACCCAGUAAAAGGCGUCCAUGUGCUGCUGGUGGGGGUUGAUGACCAGCUCCCCGAGGCACAUCCCUGGAACAGAAACCCAGUCUCUGAGGCUCAGCUCUCAUCCUGCCCAAGCCACAGAUGCAGAAGGAGCACACUGUCACCAGGUGUCAGCCUCUGAUCUGCUUUUAAAAGUCCAUUUUAAGCUCCUGACAUAAUUCUUAAAAACCAAGUUUUGUUUCUAACCCAGAAAUAACUCCUUUCAUUUAAAAAAAAAAAAAAAAACAACUAUAUUUGGAAUAAAAUACCACCAAAUUUUGAGAACACCACUGGAUAGCCUAUUACCAGAAGCCAAAACCGGACCAGUCAGGAAAAAACCAUGCGGCACACUGACUUUCACGUUGGCCCUGGAGACAUCUAGUCACUGCUGUGAGUAAACAGCAGUAAGAAUUUGCUGGUUCCAUUUCUACUCAGCCUCAGUGCACAAAACAGCACCUUUGAUAUACUGAGAAACAUUGUGCCCUAAGCUUUUUCACAAAACUCAAAGGUCACGUUCCCAGAAGCAGAGUCGUCACAGUGGGCCACUGAAACCACAGUACUGAAGCCACUGGACUUGGAACGCAUUUCCCCCUUCACUUACCCAGCUUGGGCACGAUGUUCUUGACCAUGAACGCUUCCCAGGAGCCGGGGGUGAAGACAUCCUUCCAUGGCUGGAGGAUGAGCUUGGCCGAGGAGUCGCUGGGGUGCCACUUCUGCAGAGCGCUGGACAGCUUGCUGCGGAUGGGGGAGUAGAGUGGCUCCAGCCGUGCCUGCAUGAGGGGGAGCCACGGGUGGAUCCACGAGUGGAUGGGGACAGUGUCCGUCAGCGGGUUCCAGUUUUCCACCUGUGGCGGGAAUGGGGAGAGAGCCUUAACCCUGCCUGUCACAGAACCAUGGUGCAGUUAAUGACAAGUGCUGUCCUUGGGGAACGGGGCCACACGCUCUUUUGGCCGAGGUCUGCAGUCCUUUGCACAUACGUGGAGGACCACUAUCCUCUUUUUACGAAGGGAAAAGCUAGGUACAAAGGAGCAGAGAAGGCCGCUUUGUAGGCAUUUUACACAACAUUUUCCCCAAACAGAGACACUGACCACAAACAAAUACACCCAUGCAAUUGUACUAAAUCUCAGAAAUGGCACCAUUCUCAUUUUACUAAAUCAAGAAAAUGAAGUACCUCUGGAGGGGGCAUUUGGGGAAGAAAUGCUGAGAAAAAGGCUUGCGUUAACAUUAUAGGGCAAUGGCUGCUUCGUUUACAAAUGCUCUUAAUUCCAGGCAUCAGAACAGCCCUCGGAGCAUGACCAGAACUGCUGAACAAGUCCUCCUGUGACUGAGGACAACCAUUUCCCCAGCUCGCCCCACCUCCUUCUGCAGCUUGGGGAAGAUGAGCUGGUCCAAGAUGUUGUCUGAGAUCCACACGGGGAUGAUGUGCACCCAGCUGUCCAGGAAGUCCACCAUUGGGUCACAGUGCCUUGGUUGCCACUGGGUGACGAUAUUUCGGACAAACGGCAUCCAGACUUCCCAUAUCAGCCUACGAGAGAAAGGGAGAAAGAAAACUGGUUAAUUGUUCUGCAUGGUUACAAAGUACACUCACCACCUACCUCUCUAGAGUAAGAAACAGAAAGCGAACUGCAUGGAAAUCCAACCACAGAAAACCAGGUCAGUCCCCGUAUCAGCCAGACCGGAGCCUGCCUCUUCCUUGCUCUCUGGGCCAAUCACUCACCUUCUGGGGACUUGGUCUUCUCCUCUAGUGGCCUGGCAGACUGCUCCAGGUGUACAUGAGCUCACGGCCCAGCAUGAAGACCUCCUGUCUGAGCUGUCCCAGGUAUAACACAUGCUCCCACCUUAGCCCUCGCAAGGCUCUUCUGGACACAAGGACUAUGCCCAGCUGUCCCUCUCACCCUUUGGGUCACAACUUAAAUGUCACCUCCUGACACCUCUUCCCCCAGCCCCAUCCAGGCAGGUGUGUGCCCUCGUAAUUCUCUAUCACUGCACCCAGUCUGCACCUUGUGUUUAUCUGUUCACAUCCUUCUCUGCCUUCCGUGGUGUCCACUUACUGGACAGGGCUGCUGCCCGGCACCUAGCCUUAUAUGACCCUCAACAGACACUUGACAAGCAUUCGUUAAAUGAACACACGUGUUAAUUUAACCUCCGAGAGCAGUGCCAGCAUAGAGCAGAGGGUUAACAGCCAGUUCCUCUUGCCUCCCCGAGCCAUUAGCCAUCCUUCCCAAGCCCCAGGGAUGGCACAGACAAGCAGAGCCUGCCCUGCAGUGAGUACCUGUGAAAGGCGUCUGCUGAGAGGUCCUGCCCACCGUGGGACAAGAGCUGGUCAUUCUCCAGGAGGCUUUUCCACUUGGAAAUGAUUUCGGUGCCAUAUGUGCAGUCCUGAGGACAAAGGCACACAGCUGAUGUGGCUGCUGGGUGCAGAAGCCCGCCCUGACCUUGGACCCAGCUCACCAACCAAGGCCUGCCCCGAACAGGAGGCAUCAUUUUCCCAACGACUCACUUUGAGGGGGUCCCACUCCUUGAAGUACUCCUUCAUGAGCGGGUAGACGAUGGCCACGGCGAGGUCCACACGGUCGGACAUCCUGUACUCCUCGUAGUACUUGUCCUGCAGGGUCUCGAAGAUGCGGGCGCACUCGGCCAGGGUAAGGGGGUUGCUGCAGUUGGGCUGCAUCCGCCGCUCGCACUCCUCCACCAUCUCCAGGACCUUGCUGAGGUUGGAGAUGACCCUCUCCUCGUGGUCUAGCACCUCGGACAUCUUCUCCAGCUCGUGUGACAGGUUGACCACCAUGUCCCGCUCGUACUGUAGCUGCCGGUCACUCUGGAUGAUCUCCUGUUCCGUGAGGUCGAUGAGGAGCUGCAGGUUGUGCUCCAGCUCGGGCAGUGCAAAGCCCGGGGCCUUAGCCUCUUUGCCGGGCAGUGGUAACUGUUGCGACUGUAGUGGCAGCCCGUCGUCAGGGACAUUGUGCUUAUGGCUGAUCUGGCUGUAGCUGUAGUAGACCUUCUGCUCACGGCCUGUCAUGUCUAUGACCUUGGAGGAUGUGGCAGAGGGGAUGCAUGUUAACACUCGCAUUGCUACUCUACCAAACAGAUGCCUAAGCUUGGGGAAGGGCAUGAUGCCAGUGGAAAUGUGUAAACCCACACUACUCAGCAGAGCUGGAGCAUGGCAGGGUCUCUAAAUGGGAUCCUUGCAGUACUAGAUUAAAGGAGACUCAAGGGACAAAGCAAUCAGAUGCAAUCAGCACUUCUGGGCUGGAUCCCAUUUGGACAAACGACAAGUAGAAGACUCUUUAGGAAAGCCGAGAGUAUCUGAAUAGACAGUACUUCUGAAACAGAAUUGCCACCACUUUAAAUGAAUGUGUGAUCCGUGACCCACUGGCUCAGGAAUCACCAGGCAAAGAAUAUGAAAUGCAGAGUCCUUGGUUCCAAUAUAGAGCUGUCGCCUCAAAAUCUCCCAGUUGCAACCUGGGCAUCUUCAUUCCUUGUAAGGUUCACUAGAUACCUGUGAUGCACGCUGACACUUGAGAACAGCCACUGAAGGCUCUCUUUGAGCUCUACAGUCUCCUCAACUGUAUAUAUAUGUAUGUACGUAUCCCAUGCACCAAUGACAAAAGAAAACUGUCACCAUUGUUCUUUGGCUACUGAGGAAAAUAAUGGGAAACCUAAGACGCUGCAAAUAAAAGUGGCUGAAAACUGACUCCAUUUAAAAAGAAAGGUAUACAACUCAUCAGAAAUGAAAGGGACUGGUCAGCGGGUGGGAGAGAGACGCUGAUGAAGAGUGAGCUAAUUAUAUUAGGUGGGCACUUGAGAUUGUGUUGGCAACUCUUGUCUGGAGGGGGGAUGGGAGGAUAGAGAGAGAGGGAAGCCGGCAAAAUUGUCAAGAAAGGAGAGACUGAAAGGGCUGACUCAAGAGGGGGAGAGCAAGUGGGAGUAGGGAGUGAGAUGUAUGUAAACUUAUAUGUGACAGACUGAUUGGAUUUGUAAACGUUCACUUGAAGCUUAAUAAAAAGAUAUUAAAAAAAAAAAAAAAAAAAGAAA